AUUAAAAUUACAAAAAAAUCCAUGGAUAUUUAUGCGCGACGUAGCUGAUAUUUUAUGGACACCAAUUAAACUCGUCAACAGAACAUUUAGUGUCGGUCAAUGUUCUACCAAAAUCAAUCCCAAUUCGCCCAGAAAAAAAUUAGAAAAGGAUAAACUUAAACUUCUGAAAACCAUAUUAACAGAAUACUGUGUAGAGAAGCGGAUGACUAAAAAGGAGAUAGCUAAAGUUAAAGAAUCCUUCAAUAAAAAAUUGACCCAAAAAAUCGCCGAUUUGAAGAAAACCUUCCGUCGAGUAAAAGAAAUGCUACCAAACAACAACAGCGUAUGGCUCUUGGAUGAAAAAACUGUUGAAGAGUAUUAUUCUCAGAUUAGAAAACGAUUAGAAGAAUUGAAUAACAUUUAA